GCCUGCACCCACACCGCAACAUGACUUUCACCAGGGUGCUACACGUCGCGGCUCUGUUCCUGAUGCAAGGGGAUUUUCCAGGAGCUGGCAGUGAAACCAUAACUCUAAAGGAAGGAGAGGACCUAAAUCUCCGCUGCACCCUCAGCAGCGACAACAGUUCAGCCCGGCAGUGGUUAAACCCUCAGGGGUUUGCCAUUUUUCUAAACACCCAGCGGGCUUUAAGAGAUCAGAGGUACCAACUUAUCCGUUAUUCAAAGGAUGAAUUAUCCAUCCAACUGUCUAACGUAACAGUACACGAUGAAGGCGAUUAUAAAUGCUUCUACUACGGCAUCCCGUUCAAAAGCAAGAACAAGACUGUCAAGGUAUUAGCUACUCCUUCUAAUCCAGUACUGGAAGUAUCCCGAGACACAGAAAGAAGCAUCACACUGUCUUGCUAUACCCAAGGAUCUAAACCACAGCCCCAGAUUACCUGGCUGUUGGACAAUGGGAUAGAGCUCCCUGGUGAUACUAAGCACAAGUUAGAAGCUGAUGGGAAGAAAUGGACCACAACCAGCAUGCUGACAGUCCUCGCCUAUGGGCCCAAUUCAACAGCCAGCUGCAUCGUUCACCACCAAGCACUAAGGGAAGAGAAGCUGAUGGCAUCUUUCCGGUUUGAGGACCUCCCUAGGACGGCGACAAAACCAAAUCCUGCACCAGCUUCGCUAGAGGUGGACAUGCGUGUCUCUGAGAAUGAGCAAUCUACAGUGACCGCAGCAGUGUCAGACCUGAACAGCAGCACGGCCUCCGCUCCAAGCUACUCACAGCAUACCGGAUCCAAAAAAACAACCAUCCCUUCUGCAGUACCAGAGGAUCCAGUAGUUACCAGCUCAGCGCCAACACCAACCCAGCAAAACCUCCAACCAGACACCGCAUCUACUUGGUCCAAAGUAAUGCCAGCUGCAGCAGGAAAGGAAGAAUUGGCUGGUUCGUCAAGUUAUCGUGUCCCCAAUGGGACUGAAACAGCAUUCAAUGGCAAUGUCACAGAAGAGGAACUUUCCAGGACAGAAGCCUCACUACCAAGUGAAAACGUAACUGUGAUUUCCAUCAUCACCUUCGAGCAAGGUCUGAAAUCUGAAGGCAUCAAAAAGAAGCAGAAUAAUCUCUUGCUGCCGAUCUUGGUGGCUGCUCUGAUUUUCGUGCUGCUCGUCAUAGUCCUGCUUUUUAUGAGGAAGCUGAAAAAAGCUCAUGGAGUGUGGAAGAGAGAAAAUGAUGUUUCAGAGCAGACACUGGAGAUUUAUAAAUCCAAAUCUAAUGAAGACAGUCCGAGCCAUGUGAAGAAUGGAAACGUUGUCAGUCAGAAGUCCAACAUGCAAUAUGUAACAGAAGGAUAUGUGGAAACAACGCAGAAGAAUCCAACAGACAAAAACAUUGCAAUAAGUGAGAAACUGUUUGGAUAUGGAAAGGAAACAGAUGUAUAGCAAUGGCAAAUCUAUACAAUGUGCAGAAACGCCACUGCUUCCUGAUACUUAUAUUACAGUGUUCAGAUAUCAAUAUGAUUUCAAGGAGCAGAAGUACAAGCAGCUACCCUCAAUCCAAAAGCCAACUGGGACUGCUUUUCUUUAAACAGUGGGACAGGUAGAUGGGACCGGUGCUCCCAGAAACCUAUUAGCAAUGACGAGACUGAUCUACCUGUAAUCCUCAGAGGAUUUAAUUAACCACUGCCAGAGACAGAGCUCAUCGAUCCCGUCUCAGGUGCUAUCAGCAACUAGGAUCCCGGCAAGGGAACACGCAGGGUAUGAAGAUAUUCACGCAAUGCUUCGCCCACCUCCUCCGCAAGCACGGGACCACGCAGGAAACCCUGGGAGCUGCAAACCAGCUGGGACUUGUAUUAUCUCCUUCUGACCCCAAACCUGGGCAUCCAGCUGCAUUUCACCAAGCAGGAAAGCAUCCUGACAUCCAAAGUGUUAAAAAGAAAG